ACUGAAUCGGCGGAAUGAAUAUCCAUUAGCCAAGGAGGAGGAGCCAAGCCGUACAAAGUACAUAAACUCUGCUAUUUAGCUAGCAAGCAUAUCAAUUUUUCACGCAUUUGUGGUUUAAAGUUUUGUUUGCACGAUGGCUGAUUAUAGAGGGAAAGCAACCGAUCAAAUGAAGCUAUGGAAAGAGGGCCGAAGCGCUCAGAGGCCAGACACCCUGACCACAGGGGCUGGUCACCCGGUAGGGGACAAGCUGAAUAUAAUGACCACAGGUCCCCAGGGGCCCCUCCUGGUGCAGGAUACCCCGUUCAUAGAUGAGAUGUCACACUUCGACCGUGAGCGCAUCCCAGAGAGGGUGGUGCACGCCAAGGGAGGCGGAGCGUUCGGGUACUUUGAGGUGACACAUGACAUCUCUCGCUACUGCAAGGCCAAGGUGUUUGAGCAUGUGGGCAAGACCACACCUAUCGCCAUCCGCUUCUCCACAGUGGCUGGGGAAUCGGGCUCAGCCGACACAGUGAGAGACCCACGUGGCUUUGCAGUCAAGUUCUACACUGACGAGGGCAACUGGGACCUUACUGGCAACAACACCCCCAUAUUCUUUAUCAGGGACGCCAUGCUGUUCCCAUCCUUUAUCCACUCUCAGAAGCGCAACCCCCAGACUCACCUGAAGGACCCAGACAUGGUGUGGGACUUCUGGAGCCUGCGGCCUGAGUGUAUGCAUCAGGUGUCCUUCCUGUUCAGUGACCGUGGUCUGCCUGACGGCUUCCGCCACAUGAACGGCUACGGCUCCCACACCUUCAAGCUGGUCAACGCCGAGGGUCAGCCUGUCUACUGCAAGUUCCAUUACAAGACCGACCAGGGCAUCAAGAACAUGAAACCUGAGGACGCCGAGCACCUGGCUUCCACCGACCCGGACUACGCCAUCCGAGACCUUUACACCUCCAUCGCCAACGGCAACUUCCCCUCCUGGUCCUUUUACAUCCAGGUCAUGACCUUUGAGCAGGCAGAGAAGUUCCAGUGGAACCCCUUUGACCUGACCAAGGUGUGGUCUCACGAGGAGUACCCCCUCAUUCCUGUGGGGAGGUUGGUGCUCAACAGAAACCCUGCCAACUACUUUGCCGAGAUUGAGCAGCUAGCCUUUGACCCCAGCAACAUGCCCCCGGGCAUCGAGCCCAGCCCUGACAAGAUGCUGCAGGGGCGUCUGUUCUCCUACCCAGACACACACCGGCACCGGCUGGGCGCUAACUACCUGCAGCUGCCCGUCAACUGCCCCUUCAGGACCCGUGUGGCCAACUACCAGCGAGAUGGGCCCAUGUGCAUGUUCGACAACCAGGCUGGCGCUCCCAACUACUUCCCCAACAGCUUCAGUGCUCCAGAGACCCAGCCCCAGCACGUGGAGACCAGGUUUAAGGUGUCCCCAGAUGUGGGUCGCUACAACAGUACUGACGACGACAACGUCACACAGGUGCGUACCUUCUUCACUAAGGUGCUGAACGAGGAGGAGCGUCAGAGGCUUUGUCAGAAUAUGGCUGGUGCCCUGAAGGGAGCCCAAGUCUUCAUCCAGAAACGCUGGGUUCAGAACCUGAUGGCUGUGCAUGCAGACUAUGGAAACGGGGUCCAGGCCCGACUCAACGAUGCCGAGCCCAAGAAGGACGCUGUGAGAGUGUAUACCCUUGGAGGAGCCGCUGCCAUCACUGCCUCCUCCAAGAUGUGAUGCCUUAACUUCCACCUGUUGCGCUUACCAGCCUGCUAUCCAAGAUCCUACUUCUAACCGUCCGUGAAUGCCAUAGCUAAUCAUGAUUUAAUAUUCCUCAGGCUACUUACAACAUUGUUCUAACGUGUUUGCUGUCCAUUUUGCCAAAGUUCACACAGAAAUGUAUGUAGUCAGACUGCAGCCCGAUGGGAGAAGAUCUGUCCCCAAACUACAUCUGUCAAAUAUACAGGUCUGCUGUCUGAAAUGUUUAUGCCAUUUUCAGUAUAGUGAUCCAUCUCUUCCCAAUUAUGUAUUGUUUGUGUGUCCAUACUUCAUCAAAGCCCUGAUAGUUAGCUUAAAAGAGGUAUGUGUUAGCCUAUAUGCAAAAAAAAGACAUUUAUCCUCGUUAAACAAACCACCAAUGUUUUCGAAGAAGAUUCAUCUUUAUUUUGCAGUUUAAACUUAAGUUCUCUUCAAAAGUGUUCCUGUGUUAAGGCCUACACCAUAUUCCUUGUUUAUAUUAGAAAUAGUUUCCGGCCAUCGAUCGGUGAGAAUGACUGUGAUUGAGUCAUGAAAGAAUGUUUGAGUCAUCGUCCUCGCAGCCAAACCAACACACCAGUGCCUUUUUGGUUAGAAACGUAUCCAUAGUCACCAUGGCAUUAUAAAGGGUUUGCAAAGACUUUUAUGAAUAAUCUCAUGUACCAAAUGUCUUCUGUAUAUUUGUGUACAGACUCUGAAUCACUAAAGAGUUGUAUUAGGGCUGGGGAAACAAGAACCACCACUGUUUACUGUCCUUCUCACAAAUCUCCCUAUUCGUUUUCUAUGUUCCAGCUAAGCCCUGGACUGUUAGUGUUUCUGUGCUAGGUAGCAUUCCCCAUCACAUCACCUGUCUGAAGAGAAGUGAUUUGUGAUAUUAAUAUGCAAUUGUGAACUUUGAACCACAAAAUAAGAUGCAUUAUUGAGUGCUUGAUCUUUCAAUUUAUGCUAAUACGGUCGUAUGAAAAAGUUUGGGCACCCCUCUGAGGCUGCAUAAUAAUUUAUUCUGUCGUCACAGAAAAUGAUCAGUGGCAUGCCAUUCCUUUUCUAAUAAGCUGAGUACUGGGG